AUAGCGGUCGAUGAUUAAAAUUUUCGUUACUACAAGUAUAAAUAGUUCUGUUGGGAAGUGAAUUUCACUCUACAAUUGCAUGUCCAAUCUGCAACGUGUUAUGAUGAAAUCAAGACUGCCACCAAUGUGUCCGAACCCGCGGUUCCCGAAGCCUAAUGACCGUGGGUUUCGCCGUCAGACAGAUUACAAUCCGCUAAUGUGGGAUGAAUUUUUCGCCGAGAAGAAAGAUGUCGAAACAAAACAGGGAAAAUUCAGAGUUUAUCUCACCAGUCCCUCCGAACCCGGUGCACCGCUGCUAGUACUUCUUCAUGGCGGAGGGUUUUCUGCUCUGUCCUGGGCCCAUUUCAGCAGCGAGAUAACUAAGUUGAUCCACUGUCAGUGCUUGGCAUUUGAUAUUCGCGGGCAUGGUGAUACAUAUACCGAGGAAGAGGACGACCUUUCGGCAGAGCGUCUUGCAACGGAUGUUGGCGAUGUAAUCCAGGCGAUGUACGACGGAUCGGCACCCCCAAUCAUACUGAUGGGACACUCGAUGGGUGGUGCGAUCUGUGUCCAUGCGGCAAACAUGUAUGUCAUCCCCUCCCUUCUCGGUGUGGUUGUGAUUGACGUCGUCGAGGGAACGGCACUGGAAGCUCUGGCCAGUAUGCAAAGUUUCCUACGAUCCCGGCCGACCACUUUCAAAAGCAUCCAGCAUGCCAUUGAAUGGUGUGUCCGCAGUGGCCAGGUUCGAAAUGUAGAAUCCGCACGCGUCUCCAUGCCAGGACAGAUCAUAAACAUCGAAACGAAACAAUUGGCUACCAACGAAUUACCCUUGAAGCCAGAACCUUCCUCCGAGGAAAAAGUGGAAUUCAAACACCCAAACGCGAUAGCGGAAGAUGCCGAAUCAAGCUGUUCGCCCGCGACCGAAGUUCCCCCUAGUGAUCUCCCCUCACCAUCCAACUCUCCUUCGAGCCUCAAUCUACGAAAGUACGGCUGGCGCAUCGAUCUGUCCAAGUCAGAAAAGUAUUGGGAGGGUUGGUUUUCCGGAUUGAGUCAGAAGUUCCUUGAUGUCCCGGUACCGAAGUUGCUCCUACUGGCGGGUAUUGACAAUCUCGAUCGGGCGCUUACGGUCGGCCAGAUGCAGGGUAAGUUUCAGCUACAGGUCCUCGCUCGCUGUGGCCACGCGGUUCACGAGGAUCGGCCCCAUGAGGUGGCAGAAGUUUUAGCAACUUACUUGAUAAGAAACAAAUUCGCGCAACCGACUGGCGAUGGGCUUUUACUGAAGCAUAUGCCUGCGUGUUAGGAUCGGGAACGGAAAAGGUGUACUUAGUGUACUUUGCGCUUUAUGAGGAAAAUAAAAUGUCUAUUUAUUAUUUUCACACUAUCAGUGAAUUUUUCAAAGUG